ACCGAUAGAGUCAGAAUCGGCCGGCAAUAUGCCUCCUGUUUCGUCCCAAUGGAAAGUGGCGUACAUGCGACAACACAUCAUCGAGAUGAACUGGCGCUCGAGACCGAUUCGUACGGCUAAAGUACUAAAAGGUUUCGAUGACCACGUUAUCACGAGCCUUCAGUUCUGCGGCAACCGAAUUGUAUCCGGUUCCGACGACAAUACGUUCAAAGUGUGGUUUGCCAUCACCGGAAAGUGCCUUCGAACAUUGGUUAACCACACAGGAGGAGUCUGGUUGUCACAAAAGGCCGGAAACAUAAUCAUCUUCGGCAGUACUGACCGCACGUUGAAGGUGUGGAACGCUGAAACUGGCCAACUGUUACAUACGCUAUAUGGCCACACUUCGACUGCUCGUUGUAUGCAUUUACACGGAAAUAAAGUCAUCAGUGGCUCUCGCGAUGCGACUCUACGAGUCUGGGACGUUACCGAGGACACUUGCCUACAUGUGCUGGUUGGUCAUUUGGCUGCUGUUCGCUGUGUUCAGUACUAUGGUAGGCUAGUAGUUGCGGGACUGCAGGGUUAAUGUGUGGAAUCCUGAACGACAAGAGUAUCUCCAUACGCUCCAGGGCCACACUAAUCGGGUGUACUCGCUAGUUUGAUGGUAUUCACGUUGUGUUUGGCUCGCUUUACACGUCGCACCGAGAGGAACGACACUCCUCAAUUUGUUGAUGAAAUGAACAUAAAAUUUAUAUUUCUGAACGGAUUGAUAAAGGUUUACAUUAGUUAGUUCGAAAUUGAUUCGCAUUUUCAACAUUGCCAACAAAUAGUUUCAAAUGGCCGAAGAUGGUUUGAAAUGUGUCAUGAAAAACAAAAUGAAAUGCUCGAAAUUCACGUUUUGACAGCUUCAGUGCUCGAUGAAACCAAAAC